CGUCAUUAUCGUCUUUGACUUUGGAGUUGGUGAUUCACCGCUAUUUCUUACCUUUUGCGAUUUCGUAAAUAUUCCAUCAUUCUGUGUUUUCUAUCCGUAGUUGGACCACUAAAAUCCAGUGCUAAAUAAUACGCAUUCACCAUGAGUCUACAGUGGACCAUCAUCGCGACGUUUUUGUACGCCGAAAUAGGCAUCGUCUGCUUGCUUGCUUUGCCGAUCGCAAGUCCCUCCAAAUGGCAAAAGUUGUUCAGGUCAAAAUUCCUGGCUUACAUAAGCGGACAAGCGUCUGUGUACUUCCUGAUCCUUAUCGGAGUUCUGGUACUAUGCUUGCUGGACGCCAUUCGGGAGAUGCAGAAGUAUUCGAACAUCGAGGCGACGGAUCACCAGCACCUGGACGCUGAGAUGCAGGGUAACAUGCGUCUGUUCCGCGCUCAGAGAAACUUCUACAUCUCCGGUUUCGCGCUGUUUCUGCUGGUCGUGAUUCGCCGGUUGGUGCAGUUGAUUUCGGAGCUGGCGACUCUUCUGGCGCAGUCUGAGGCAAAUUUCCGGCAGGCGCAGAGCGCGUCCGUGGCCGCGAGGUCGCUGUUGGCCCAGGCGGGAGCCGGCGACGAGGCCACCAAGAAGCAGCUCGAGGACUACAAGGACCAAAUCUCAGCUCUAGAGAAGGAACUAUCCAAGGAAAAGAAAGACAAGGAGGCUGUGAAAUCGCAGGCUGAAAGUCUGUCAAAAGAGUAUGACAGGCUCACAGAGGAACACAGCAAACUGCAAAAGAAGCUCACAAUUGGUGGUGACAAGAAAGAUGAGUAAUUCUAAGAUUGUAGACUUUUCAAAGUCCAUUCUCAUUUGCUAAUCUAGGUAGUGUGAAAGAUAAUUGAUUGUGGCUUGCUUCAACUUUCCAAUGAGAUAUGAAACAACAAAUAUAUCAUUGAUUUGUGAACCUCGAGUCCUUGAGGUUUACUAGUUAUUGGAAAAAACAUACUUCAAGGUUAUGUUUUGAAAGUUAGCACACAGUUAAAGUUGGUAAACAUUCUUCCAGCAUUCUAAUAUCUUAACUUAUAGCAUUUCAUUGGUCAUGGUAGUAACAAAUUCUCUGUGAUUUUCCUGAGAAGGGCUAGUAGAGCCUUUUGGAAUAAAAUAUUCUCUAAACUUAUUCCAAAUGCAUUACUAUAAUAUUAACAAAUUUCUUCAUGGUAUGAUGCACAUAUUGCAUUUUUGCGAGAACAAAUUUAAUAAGCAUUACUAUAAAUAUUUAAAAAAUCACUUAUUUUUACUGUAAAAUAAUUUUCUAUCAAAAGUGCCUAUGUAUCACUCUGUUCUGAGUUUCUGAAGACAUGUUUAGUAUGCUUGUUUUAAUUUACGUAUUUUAGUUACUUGUAGUUAUGUUUUAUGUUUGCAAUAUAUAUUUCUACUGUU